GGAGCGGCGGCCCCGGGGAGUGACUCCGGUGGGGGAGGAGAAGAGGAAGAAAUCAGAGUGCCGCGGGCCCGGAGGGGGUGGGGAGGCGAAGCCCUCUCCUCCCCCCUCCCGCACGCACUUGCGGAGCGCUCAAAGUUGCCCUUCAGCAUCGGCGGCACCGGGAGACGAGCCCGUCGUGCCCCGGCUGCGCUUCUGCUUUUUCCUUUUUUUUUUUUUUUUUUCCCGUGUUUUUUUUGUAGCUGUUGUUGUUGUUAUUGUUUUUACUUUUUAUAUAUAUUUUUUUCCUUCUGGUCGGUUUCCCCGCUCCUACCGAGGGUCGCCGUGCCCGGCGCUGGACAGUCACGGAGCGAUGCCGCUGCCGGGCGGGAGGGUGGUGCUCGUCCUCGGCUUCGUCCUGCUGACAGCGCUCGUGGCCGCCGUGCGGGGGCUGCCCGUCAGCAGACAGCGCGGCGGGCCCAGGGAGAGGAGCUCCAAGCUGGCCGAGGUCUCUGCCUCAUCAGACCCCCGUGCAGCCGGGGACGAGGAGCUGCCACCGUCGGGCAGGGCACGAGGCCUGCGGCGCAGCGGGCAGGCAGGCCCACGGCGGCAUCGGCGCCGUGGAGCCGCUCAGCAAACGGUGAGGAGCCUGGUGCAGCCCCAGCCCAGUGGUGCUGGCCAGGAGGAAAGCCUGCCCUUCAUGCUGGACUUGCAGAGCUUGCCAGGGCUGGCCAACGUUGACCUGAGCGCCCAGAACCCCAACAUUCAGGUAACCAUUGAAGUGGUGGAUGAUCCUCAGGCUGAGAUGGAGAUGGACCUGUUGAAGGAAACAAGCAAUGACUGGUCCUUGACGUCCUCUGAGUGGUUGUCCCACAAGGACCUCUUCUGGCCUCUUUUUUGGGAAUAUACUGACCCCAGUGAGGAGGAAGAGGAGGAGGAUGAGGAUGACAAUAUGGGUGUAGGGGACAGGGAUGAGGAGGAAGAUGAGGAGGAUGAGGAUGAAGAAGAGGAAGAAGAUUACACUGCGGAGUAUGAGGAGGAGGAGUCCAUGCUCAGUGGAGUAGGUGAUGACUGGGAGCAGCGGUGGCCCAAUCAGAAGAACUGGAUCUUUAAAGAAAAAUAUAAUUAUGACUAUGAAGAUGAGGAGGAAUGGAGCCCUUGGUCUCCUUGCAGCAUCACUUGUGGCAGUGGCAGCCAGAAGAGGACGCGGUCCUGUGGCUAUGCCUGCACAGCAACAGAGUCAAGAACCUGUGACCUGCCACGCUGCCCUGGAGCAGAGGGAGAAAUAGUCUUCCCUACAGAGGAGACUCCUUUCAGAAGUGACAACACCACAGAGCUGUUCAACUCAGAUGUGGACAGCUGUGAGAAGUGGCUGAACUGCAAGAGUGACUUCCUCACCAAGUACCUCAGCAAGGUGCUGACGGACCUGCCCAGCUGUCCCUGCUCCUAUCCCCUGGAGGCUGUUUACAGUGCUGUCAACCUGCGGGAUGAGCGACAGGGCAAGAGCUUCCGCUGGCGGGAUGCCAGUGGCCCCAAAGAGCGCCUGGACAUCUACAAGCCUACAGCACGCUUCUGCCUGCGCUCCAUGCUCUCCCUUGACAGCACGACGCUGGCGGCCCAGCACUGCUGCUACGAUGAGCACACUCGCCUCAUCACCCGGGGGAAGGGUGCUGGCGUCCCCAACCUCAUCAGCACUGAGUUCUCCCCAGAGCUGCACUACAAGGUGGACAUGUUGCCCUGGAUCCUCUGCAAGGGCGACUGGAGCCGUUACCAUGCUGUGCGACCACCCAACAAUGGGCAGCAGUGUGCAGACAACCCAGCUGAGGAGGAGUACCUCUCCCAGCUGCAGGAGGCCAAGGAAUACUAGCCACAGCCAUGCUGAGAGGAGACAUGGGGCCACCACGCAUCUGGCCGCUGACAGAUCCUGCCCUGACCCAUGCUGCAAGGGCUGGAGCCAUCCCUCAUGUUACCCUCCCUUAAGGCGCAGCUGAGCUCCAGCCCUCUUGAUGGGCUUCUCGUGGGGCCAAGUGGAGCAGGAGGGUGGAGCAUCCAAGCAGCCAAGUGGAUGCACCUCAGUGGGGCAUCUCAGCUCCCAGCAGGUUUGUGAGGGUGCAGGAGUUUGUCACUGUGUCACCCCAGCUGUGCCACUUGGGGCAGGCCCCCAGCCCUGCUCAUUUUUGGGCACUGCAGAGCUGGGGUGCAGGGGAUGAGAGGCAGGGGCUAGUGUCAGGGGAAAAGGGUCUGCUCCCUUGUACUUUUUCUAGGGUCUCCUCCAUGGUCUUGCAAUGCAAGCUAUGAGUGAGCAUCUGCAGUGUGGAGUGGCCUCAGUUCCCAUUGGUGUCAUGCUGCAUCUGAAGAGCUGGCUGGAUGCAGGCAGGGCUGCCUGGUUCUGUUGGUGUGCCUGCCCUGGCAUGUGCUGGCCUCUUCUACAAGAGGGGAUCGUGCUUCGUAAAGGGACAGGGCUGUCCCAGCACUGUAUGUGGAAUGGAGCCUCCUGUCUUCUUGGCUAUUUGCAUUCACAAUUGGGAAGGAAAAUAUGGAGGCUUAACAAGGUUUUGUGGAUUAGUGAGCGUAUGUGGGGCAGGGCAAUGAAUGGCCACAUAGGCUUCUGAAGCAAGAUCAUCUUAUCUGGUUUUAGCUGCUAAAGGGAGCACUCAGUGCCAAAGUGUAAGAGAGGUGGACCUUUGAAAUAGUUCUUCACAGGAGAACCAUACAGGUCUGCGUUGCAGCCUCUCUACCUCAGUGCUUAGGAGAGUAAGCUGUCUGCCCCUGUGCAAGUUCUAUCACCAGCCCUGCUCUGUCAGAUUCCUGGUGGCUCCCCAGCAGGCUUCAGUGCUUGGAAGCCAGUUCAAUAUGGCCUGGCAUAGAAAGUCCUACAUUUCCUACUCACAGCAGCCAAGCCACCACUUGGUGCUGUUACUGGAAGAGGAGCAAAAAGUUCUGAGCCGAGUUCCCUGUGGUGAUGAGGACAAAUCACCACUGGGAGCAUGUGACUUUGCCCUUUCUUGAGUUUGCUGCUCAUCUCUUGUCCUUCUGAAUGCAUUCUCUGUGUGGUGUUUGCGUAGACCCUCACCAAGAGGCAACCAAGAGAAGCAUGUCCUGGUUGCACCCUGCUACUUUUGGGGCUUGCUGCUUUGCUGAACAAGCAGACAUUGUUCCAGUUGAGGAAGAAACAUGCUAGUAGUGUCAAUACAUGGUGUCUGCAAAUCAUGACACUCCCCAUGGCCACUUUGAUCUUGCCUGUUGUUUUGUUGUUUUUUUUUAUAGUCUUACACAGAUUCUUGUCAGUGUCUCCCAUCCUGUUUUUGGGAAUUCCAGAGCUCCUGAACUUCACACAGGAAAGUUAGGCUGAGCACCUUGAUUUCUUUGCAUUCAGUAGUUGAAACUGGCUGAAACUGUUCUCAACUUUCAUUUAGCAAAUCUUUUGCAUCAGAGGAAAUAAAAGAGCAAUUCAAGCAAACAGGAAGAAGACUGGAGUAAUUUCUGAACUAGAGAUUUCAACUAGGGUAGUUGGUUACUCCUUGUUCUUUUGCAGAACACUGUCAGACCAAAAGAUGUCUGUCUAGGUUCUGCUGGCCUUGAAUUGGCCAUCCUGUGCUAGUUCUGUCCUAAUCCCAAGAGCCUUCUCCAGGAUGAGUGAACAUCCAUAGUCAGAUAGCUCUUUGGACAGUCUUUCUAGGACUAUCUAGGAUUAUAAGCUGAGUAUCUGUUGAUCCUCUUGCUUCAGUUACUAGUGGAAUAUUGCAUCCAUAGACAUUAAGAUGUCAGGCAUUACAUAAAGAGUAAGGAGAAAAAUGCAACCAACAAGCAUGGAUGGAAAUACAGACCAUGGUAAAUCACUACUGCAUGCUCCCUAGCUGAAGUGGUUGUUUGCUCCCUAGCUUUCUAUGAAGAGGUAAUUCAUAAGGAGAUGGUCCAGAGGGGAUGACAGUGAUCUGGCAUUUUGGUUCUGGGAACCUGAGAUGUGUGCACUGACAGAUAUGGAAGCAUUAGUACUGGAAGCAAAUAAAUUGAGUGCUGAGCUGUGGAAGAAUGAGCUUUGUGCCUUCUGUUUCAGAGCAAUUUAAUUCCCAUAAGACAUCUUUAACUAAUACAAACAACCACAUGUUCCUCACGGACAGUAUUGGACCUGUGCAUGGAAGGGAGACCUCUGCAAAUAGUUAUCUAGAAAGAGACUUUUGGUAACUCAGCCAGUUUAUUUCACUGGUCUCCAAGGCAGCAGCCCUAGUGAGGGCUGUUACCCAGGUAUUGCCCACUCCCAUGGUUAUACUGGGGAUAUCAACCAGUCUAACCCCCCCAAAAAGAAACUGUAAUUUCUGCAGUAAAUGCAGUUACCAUCCAAGGGCAAGUAGAAACACUUAUUGCAUUAGGCCCCUACAAAAAUCUGAUUGAAAGCCAAGUGGCUGUUCUGCCUGGCUGCCCCUGUGGAUUGGAAGGUUACAGGCAUGAACUGGAGCAGGAAAAAUGCAACAGUGAUGUUCGUCCCUCGCACCUUGCACACCAGGAGGCUUUGCAGUGCACCAUAAGAAAAGUAGACAUUGAGCAAGCAUUUAUUUUUACGUGCCAUCAAAGAUUCUGUCCAUCCCACUGCUAUUUAAGUGACGAAUCUCUUACCCUCCACUCUAUAAGUUUAUUGUGUUGUUUUUUUUUUUAAUAUAUAAUAUAUAUGAGAUUUAUUUCUACAAAAUUUCAUAGAGAAUUCUUUAUUCUGACACUGCAAUAAAGCACUUUAUGUAUGUGUGUGUUGCUGAUGUCAUUCAGUUGGGACUGAAGCAUACACUGUUGGAACCUUUUGUUCUGUCUGUGCAGGAUGAUGCUGCACUGAGUGCUGAGUGCCUCAGGUCCCUUUACUGCCGUGCUGCAGGAGCCUGGCUUUGCUUUCUUAUCAUAUGCAUGUGGUGAUGUCGAGCACAUUUCAGUAGCAGAAGUGCAUGCAGAUGCUUCUGAAUGUUGUGAGCAGCAGUUUCCAGUUGAUCACAAAUGCUCAAAGGAGUCUGAUUUUCCUGACGCCAUUUCCAAUCAGGUGACAAGGCAGAA